UAUUAAUAAUUUUUAACGAGAAGCAAUAAAUUACUGCACAACAAUUUUGAACUAAAAAUGUUUAUAACAAAUUGAUAAGAUAAACUUGAAACGAAAAUGAGACAACAAACCAAAAGCAACAAGUAAAUGAGAAAUCAAAAGAAAAAAAACAAUAAAAAUAUUUAAACAAAUUGUUAUUAUACAGCACCAUGAGCGGUACUUUCCCCUUGCCCUAAAAAGAAAAUAACAAAGUCUAACGAAAAGGGUAAUAAAACAGAAAAGAUAAAAAACAAAUGUACGAAAAACAAAACAGAUAUUUUUGGGAAUACAUUAACGUAGCUGUCGGCUGAGGACAGAGAGACGUAUUGUAGUCGAAUUUGUGGAAUUGUAGAUAAACAAUGCGUGAGUCAUUUAAAUGUGUAUAAGGCGUUAAAAACAUCUACUAUUUGUUGUGGCUCUAGACGAAUUUUUAAAGCAUUCCAUAACAGUCCGUGGUCAAGCAAAGUCGUUUUUUAACUUAAAAAAGUAAAAUAUACAAAAUCAAUUCAAAAUGUUCGAUUUUAAUUUAGAAUUCGCUCGCGGUGGUGCUAAAUUUACCGUAGAACUUUUCAAAAAGUUAUCGGCCGGUGGUGUUAAAGAAAAUAUUGUGUUCUCUCCAUUUUCCAUACAGACUUGCUUGGCUUUGGCCUUUGCCGGAGCUGAAGGAGAAACUGCCGAUGAAAUUGCCAAUGCCAUGAGAUUUGUUUCCAACUUCCCUCCUGAAGUGGCCGAGACUUUUCAAUUCGUUUUGGAAAAGUACAAGGACAGUGAUCUUUUGAAAAUCGCCAACAAAGUUUAUGUGCAAGAGGGUAAAAGCCUCAAGGCCGACUAUGCUACCGCCACCAAAGAACAAUAUCAUGCCGAGGCAGAAGAAAUCAAUUUCGGUGAAUGUGAGGCUGCUGCUGAAGCUAUUAAUUCCUGGGUAGAAGAUAAGACAAAUGGUAAAAUUACCAAUCUUGUAACACCCGGCAAUUUUAAUGCUCUCACCCGUUUGGUGCUCUUGAAUGCUUUGCACUUUAAGGGUGACUGGGAAAAGAAAUUCGAUGAAUCUCAUACCCAGGAAGAUGACUUCUGGAUUGCCGAAGAACAAUCGGUUAAAGUAAACUAUAUGAAUCAAAAGGCCAAAUUUGGUUAUGGUUAUUUUGAAGAAUUGAAUUGUCAAGCAUUGGAAAUGCCCUAUAAAGAUUCAGAUUUAAGCAUGUUUGUGUUGUUGCCCAACGAACGUGAAGGUUUAAAAGAUUUGGCUGAAAAACUACAAGAUAUCAAUUUGGUCGAUUUGGCUGAUAAAAUGAAUACCGAAGAGGUCGUAGUGAAAUUCCCCAAAUUCAAGGUUGACUACAGUGUGGAGUUGUGUAAUGUUUUGAAAGAGUUGGGUAUUACAAAAGCUUUUGGAGGUGAAGCUAAUUUUAGCAAUAUCUUAGAAUCUCCUGAAGAUCUUUAUGUAUCAAAUGUUUUCCACAAAGCUUGUAUUGAAGUCAAUGAGGAGGGUUGUGAGGCUGCUGCAGCUACUAGUAUGAUUAUGAUGACACGAAUGAUGAUGAUGCCUUUGCAAUUCCAAGCUGAUCGUCCUUUCUUGUAUAUGAUUUGGAAUAAGAAGAAUAUAUUGUUUGCUGGUGCCUUUGUUAAUGCUCCCCAAUAGAAUGUGGAGGGUGAAUUGUUAGUUUAUGCAUUUCCAGUAGUGGUGUCACAACAUGACAAGAUUUUUCAAUGUAGUAUUAUAUUAUUCAGAAAUAUUCCUUUAAGACUAUUUUCAUAAUAUUUUAAAUUAUUUAACGUUUUUUUUAAUUUUUUACCUUAUUACUGUUAAUUAUUUAAUAAAAAAUAAAAAUUUCAAAUUAAUAUCAUAAUAAAUUAUGAUAACAA